CCAAAACCAAACCAACGGCUGUGUAUCACAGCAAAAAUGGUAGCAGGUAAAAUUUCAGCAUUUUCUUGAAAUUAACAGAGAAAAAAUGGCAGAAUCAGAGAGAAAAUAUAAUAAUAAAAACUCAGUCUUUGGGAAAAUUGCCAUGUGGUGAGCUCAGAGAUGUGCACAUGGCUUUUCCCUCAUUUCCAGGCUCGAUGAAACUAUGACCCAAAAGAGGGAAAUUUAACUUGGGGUAGGUUUUGUUUUGGGUUUUUCUAGAGAAUCACUUGCAGAUGAACACCACCACUUACAAAACCAUGCCCAUAUCGCCAUAACAAUGGAGCUACAACCCAAUUGGGGACUGUUUGUUUCCUGAGAAAAUUUCUGUUUCUCAAUAAAGGUUCAGCCUUUUUCUUUAUCUCCAUCUCUUCUACUGUUUUUGCGAGCCUUUGAGAGAGAAAAGUUUGACCUUUUUUUCUUUUCACUGUUUUUCAAAACAAUUGAUUGCCUUGGCCCUUUUCUUUUCUCUUUUUUGGGUGGCUAUGAAGUUGAAAAUCAGAGUUGAGGAUCAAAUGGCCACUCCUCCAUUGAGAAACCCAUUAUCAUGGUUCUCUGUUUUCUCCUUCCUUCUGCUCUGUUUGGGUUUUUUGGGCCUUAGAUUUUCUUCUAAUUUCCCACUUACCUCUACAAUUCUGAUUAUGUCUAUGCUUUACUUUGCAAUUUCCAAAAGAAAUUCCCUUCCGAUUCCGAUUCCGAUUCCGAUUGAGAAAUUUGUAGAAGAAGAAGAAGAAGAAGCAGAAGCAGAAGUGAGCUUCGAUUCCGACCAGAAAUUCUCGUCGGCGUCAGCUCCGACCGGCGAUUUGCUGUCGGAAAGUGAGUGUGCAGAUGAUAAUUUCACAACAACCGAGGAAUCUGAAGUGGAGUGGCCGUUUUCCGACCGGACGACAGCCCAUAACCCGGACCGUUCCGACGGUUCGAUUUCCGACGAGGAAAGUCUGAUCGAAAUCGCUCUCCCGACCGGACAUUACGUCAGCCACAAAUUCGACGACGACGAGGAAGACGAAGACGAAGACGACAUGUCGUUCCACUUGCAGAAACUAUCGGAUUUCCAGAAACAGAAGAAUCUGGUGGAGCUGUUGGCAGAAAUUAACGACAUCAACGAGGAGGAGAAUUUGAUUGAGAUCGACAUUUCCAUGGGCUCCAUUAAAUACUCAAGGUUCGAAAUUGAAGCUUAAAAUAACCAAAAUUAAAAUAAAGGAGUAAUUUUGGAGAUUUACUGUAAAUGGGUUUUGUUCUUUUGUUAUCUAAAUUAAUUAGGUUUAUUUUUGUGGGUUUCGUGUUGUUUAUCACUGUGUUACAGUUUUUUUCUAAUGCAAUCUAUGAAGGGAAAAAAUUAUAAGGAAAAAAAAAAAAAAUCUGGGUUCCUUCUGUCACAAA